CUGUUUUAUGCGAUAGUUCGUUGCGGUCUUAAUUGUCGAAUUGGUAUUCAAAGCGCGUCCCUGACACAGAACCUACCACUGGCCUCUAGGACUAUCGUAAACAAUGAGUGUUAACAUUCCUGGCAUCAUCUCUGUGAUUGGCUUCUACCUCGUCGUCUUGGUGAUAGGAAUAUGUGCUGGAAGGAAGACAGCCAGGUCAAGCCAGGUAGAAGGAAUAUUUUUGGCAGACCGAAAUUUGGGUUUGAUCGUCUCCUUCUUCACGCUUACAGCAACGAUGGUGGGAGGAGCGUUCAUAAAUGGUACAGCAGAAAUAAUGGCGUCCCAGGGAUUUCUUUGGACGCAGGCUCCUAUUGGAUACUGUGUUGCGUUGUUUAUCGGUGGCAUGGUUUAUGGUCCAAAAAUGCGACGUGCUGGUUACGUCACCAUGUUUGAUCCAUUCCAGGAAAAAUAUGGCUUACGAGUUGGCGCCAUUUUGUGCAUCUCACAAUUCCUUGGUGAUCUGUUUUGGACUGCAGCCGUCUUGUCAGCUCUAGGCUCGACGAUCGCCAUCAUCGUCGACUGGGACCAGACCAUGUCCGUGAUCGUCUCCGCGUGCGUGGCCAUCUCCUACACGGUCCUCGGGGGUCUGUGGUCCGUCGCCUACACCGACGUCGUACAGUUGCUGUGCAUCGCUCUCGGCUUGUUUCUAGCAUUUCCGUUUGCCCUGGAGCACCCGGCAGUAGAUCUAAGUCGUAUAGAAGAUACGUGGGUCGGACAUCUGGAAACAAAACAGAUCGGUGUCUUUAUCGAUAUAUACGGCCUUCUCAUGAUGGGUGGUAUACCAUGGCAGGUAUAUUAUCAACGAAUCUUGGCCUGCAAGACUCCGUUCAGGGCUAAAAUCUCAUCAAUGGUGGCUGCCGUCUUCUGCUUGGUCUUCGCCAUUCCGCCGUCCAUUAUGGGACUUGCAGCAUCGGCUGCUGACUGGAACCAGACAUCUUACGAAGGGCCUGGCUACAUUCCCAAGGAUCAGAUGGGUUUUGUGCUGCCGUUAACGCUACAGUACCUCUGUCCCCCCGCCGUCUCCAUCAUCGGCCUUGGCGCCGUCUCCGCCGCGGUCAUGUCGUCUGCUGACUCUAGCAUCCUAGCAACCGCUUCGGUGUUCACCAAUAAUGUGUACAGAAACGUUUUCAGACAAAAGGCUAGCGACAGAGAGUUGAUAUGGAUUCUGCGUAUUUCAACCAUUGUGGCCGGAACACUGAGCACGGUUAUUGCAGUGACGGUGAAAAGCGUCUACGGCUUGUACGUUCUGUGUUCUGACCUCAUGUACGUCAUACUCUUCCCACAAUUCACCUGUGUGCUUUUCGUGAAAAUUACGAACACUUACGGGGGGAUCUUCGGAUUCGCGCUGGCUUUCGUGCUUCGUGUCUUCAGCGGAGAGCCUCUGAUUGGUUUGCCGACGUUUAUAAAGUUUCCGUUUUACGACGAAAACGAGGGCCAGUUAUUUCCCUUUAGAACGUUCAUCAUGGCGUGUAGUUUUCUGUCAACGGUUCUAGUGUCUAUACUGUUAAAAUAUAUAUUUAAAAGGAAGUGGAUCCCUGACAGAUAUGACGUCUUCGGAUGUUUUACAACAGAAUCAGAAGAUGGAGUAGAAGAGGAAAAUAAAAGAAUCCUCCCAGGAAUGCGUCCAAUGGAAAAAGCGACACGAAAGCAAAGUGAUGGAGCAUUGCCAGAACCUGAAACCAUACCAUUAAAAGAAACAACCUAGUAGGCAGAGCUACAGGGAAUUGUGACUGAUAUCCUCAGCGUAUACUCCAGAUCUCGGAAAUGUUCAAAUGUAUGAUCAUUGUCAUCACCAUCGUUGAAUUAUUACUAUCAAAAUGGUCACCUUAAUCGUCUACUUCUUUCAUUUAGAGGUUAGCUCCAUCGUUUUUUCUGGUUCAAGCAGUGCUUUAUGGGUUUUAUAUCAAAUGCCGUGGUAUAUAUGUUAACGUUUCUGUUGAAAGGUGUUAAUUAAAGACCCCUUGUAGAAAGAGUCACUGUGUGGUAUCAGUGGGUCAUUCUUUGAUCUAGAUCAAAUGUCGCAAUUAACAUGCGAUGUGUCCGUGCGCGCACGUGUGCGUUCAUGUGUGCAUGCGUGUCUGUGUGUUGGUUGGUUGAUGCAAAAUUGCUUAAUUGUUGUUGUUUUUAAAGGUAUUUUAUACAGCUGGAUUGUUUUUGAAAAAAAAUCUUUUUCUGGAAUAAAUGUUUUAAGGACAUACAUAA